CGCGGCGUUCCCGGAAGUGGGCUUCGCUCUGCCAGCAGCCGGGCCUCGAGUCCGAGCUUCCCGGGUCUGCGCCGUAGCGCAGGGCGGCGGGGCAGACGGGCAGGGCGGGCCGGCUGCCGCCAUGGCCGGGACUCAGGACAUGUUCGACGCCAUCGUGAUGGCAGAUGAGAGGUUUCACGGGGAAGGCUAUCAGGAAGGCUACGAAGAAGGGAGUGGCUUGGGUCUAAUCGAAGGAAGACAGCAUGGCACGUUCCACGGAGCAAAAAUCGGAUCAGAGAUCGGGUGCUACCAGGGUUUUGCUUUUGCUUGGAGGUGUCUCCUGCACACUUGUGCCACCGAGAAGGACAGCAAAAAGAUGAAGGUCUUAGAGUCAUUGAUUGGAAUGAUUCAGAAAUUCCCUUAUGACGACCCUACUUACGAUAAACUCCACGAAGACUUAGACAGGAUCAGAGGGAAGUUUAAGCAGCUUUGUUCGUUACUAAACGUUCAGCCGGACUUUAAAAUUAGUGCGGAAGGUUCUGGACUUGCCUUUUGAGGUGGACAGACGAACAAAAGACGAACCAUCGAGGAACAGAUGUCCGUAUGUUAAGUGUUGAAAAAUGUGAUUAAAGGCAGAACAGUGGCGGGUGUUCAUUGUUCUGCGAGGAGGCUUCCUGCCCCCAGGUCCGCCUGUGUCGCCUGGGUGCCCGCGGGGCCUCCGCUCAGGCCUGCCCUUUGUUGGGCCCUGUCUGCUCUGCAGUCAGCCUGCGGCCCUGGCCGAGCCCUCGUGGGGCCUCUCCCUCAGGUCCAGGGUCCGGGCCACUGGCCUCACGGGUUCUCGCCACCUGGCAGGCCUGGCUGGGUCUAGACUGGGGCUGGCUCUGGGGAGAAUUAACCUCCAGGCCUUGGUCAGCGCCCAGAGGAACAGUUUCUUAAAAAGAUGAGAGUGACAGGGAGUUCCCGUUGGGGCGCAGCGGAGAUGAAUCUGACUACUCUCCAUGAGGGUGCGGGUUUGAUCCCUGGCCUCACUCGGCAGGUUAAGGAUCCCACGCUGCCGUGGGCCCUGGCGUAGGUCGCAGAUGCAGCUCGGAUCUGGCAUGGCUGGGGCUGUGGCUGUGGUGUAGGCAGGUAGCUGCAGCUCCAAUUUGCCCCCCAGCCUGGGAACCUCCCCUUGCCACGGCUGCGUCCCUAAAAAGCAUGAGAAAAAACAUGCGAGUGACAGAGUGGACACGAAGCAAGUUGCCAGGGCGUAGUGGUGAGGGCGGUGACAUCCACGGCCACCUCAGAUGGCCAGCGCCUGUCCCAGCUCCCCGGGGUCUCUGUCCCCUGGGGAGCCCACAGGCGCGUAUUCCUCCCACUUUACAGGUGAGGACCUGAGGCCCAACGACAGCCCGGGCCCCGCGCCGUCUCUCACCUCUGUCUUGAGCUCCUUGGAGUCCCUGGCGCACUCUGUGGAGCCCCGGGACGUCUGGCCGAGAGGAGGAGAGGGCAGCCCCGUCCCAGGAGCCAGCGCCGUUCUUACUGCGUCCCCCGGGGUGGGGCUCUGCGGUAUUCAGAGAGGUCAAGGGGAGGAGAUUGGAUUCCAUGCGACACCGGCCCCCCUUCUGUGUGCUGAGCUUUACGGUGAGGGCUCUGCACCUUCCUGCUAGUGUGACUUCUACCUUCUGCUGGCACCCGGAGCACCAUCUGUACAGGGGGAGGGGCAGGCCAGCUCCCCCGGGACACGUGCUCCCGGGCACUUCCUGCACCCGAGGGCCCGUGGCCAGGCCCCCACGCGCCCCCGGCCCAGGGCGCAGAUCUGGAAGCCCUGAAGACCAUUAGCACAGGGGGCCGUGGAUCCGCUCCCGAUUUUAAAAUCAUUCUAGAAUGUCUGAGUGCGUGCGCUUCCUGGCAGCUGCUGGGCCUGAGCCAGCGGGGCGAGGCCGGGGUCCCCAUGAGGCCCGGGACGGCAGCCCUUGAUGUGGGCCAAAGACACAGCUCUCUGCUGUUGGAGGCCAGGACUUGGGCUUCACUGGCUUGGCGGGUCCCCGUGUCCCUCUGUUCCUGCACCCUCCCUGCCCCCCUGCAGGACUGGGGAGGCUGGGCUCGGCCCACAGCCUCAGCUGCGCCAUCCUCGCAGAGACCAGCCGUGGUCGUUGCCAGCCAGUGGGGUCGAGGGGCUUCUGCUGUCGUUUUCCUCCAUGGGUUUUCGUGUUUUCUAAGCUCUCUGGAUGAUGUAUUGUCAUUACAAUUGAAGAGAAAAAUAAAUAGCGUGUUUUCAAGCCAAA